ACAGAGGAGGCACAGCAGACAGAGGAGGUACAGCAGGUACAGGAGACAGAGGGGGGACCGGAGGCACAGCAAGCAGAGGAAGUACAAGAGGCACAGCAAGCAGAAGAGGCAGCAGAACUUCUCAGCAUCUGAGGAAGAGGCAGCAGUGGGGCCCCUGGAUUAACCCCUGCUGACCCUCCGCUGGCAGGUGUUUAACCCCUGAGUUGCCGGAGCCCUUCCAGGGGCACAGGAUUAAGGGCGCCCUUUCCCUGGGAUUAACCCCUCCUAUGACUGGAGCCGCCGGGUGAUGCCCGCGGGCAGGGAGCGGAGCUGGCAGCGCCCCGGGGUCCUGGAUGCCUGAGCGGCUGCGGGAGCUGCGGACACUUGUUGCGGGAUCGCGGCUCCGAGCAGGUCUCCGGGGGUCCGCUGUGAGUCCGCAUCCUCAGCCCCUGCACCCCCCGGGCGGCACUUUGGCGGAGUUGAUGGCCGGGCGCGGAGGAUCGUGAGCCCGGAGGCUGGCACUCGUCCCCGGCAGCAGGGCAGGCUGGAUGCGGCUGGGGGCUGCGCGGAGCUCCGGGGCCCCCGAUGAUGGAGAUCCUGUGGCUUCUGCUCCUGUCUCUGCUCCCCGGAUCCGGCAGCGGACAAGGCGCUUACGCACCAGCUCAGGCUCAGAUCAUCCAUGCCGGUCAGGCAUGUGUGGUAAAAGAGGACAACAUGAGCGAGCGGGUCUACACCAUCCGAGAGGGAGAUACUCUAGUACUGCAGUGUCUGAUCACAGGACACCCGCGGCCGCAGGUUCGAUGGACAAAAACUGCAGGCAGUGCAUCAGAAAAAUUCCAGGAGACCUCCAUCUACAAUGAGACUUUACGCAUCGAAAAGGUCCAGAGGAUGCAGGGAGGUCGAUACUAUUGUAAAGCCGAGAAUGGGGUUGGGGUCCCGGCCAUCAAGUCCAUUCGAGUAGAUGUGCAGUAUCUAGAUGAACCCAUUUUAACCAUUCACCAGACCAUCAGUGACGUUAGAGGGAGCUUCUACCAGGAGAAGACCGUGUUCCUGCGAUGCACUGUCAGCUCCAACCCACCUGCUCGCUUCAUCUGGAAACGGGAAACGGAGACUCUGUCACACAAUCAGGACAAUGGUGUGGACAUCUACGAGCCUCUCUACACACAGGGUGAAACCAAAGUGCUGAAGCUGAAGAACCUGCGUCCUCAGGAUUACGCCAACUACACGUGCCAGGUGUCUGUGCGCAACGUCUGCGGGAUCCCGGAUAAAUCCAUCACUUUCCGCCUCACUAAUAAAACUGGAGCAGCUUGGUGGGGGCGAACAGGAGGCGACAAAAAGCUGUAUAGAAGCAAGAAAUCGCUCCAGUCUCCCCUAUGGCUCAAAGCAGAGGCCGCUCCUCCGGCUCUCAAGAUGUCCGUGAAUGAGACGCUGGUGGUGAAUCCAGGAGACAACGUCACCAUGCAGUGCACGCUUACCGGAGGCGACCCCCCACCCAAAGCCGUCUGGUCUCACUCCCCGAACCCCAUGCCACCCAACAGCAUUAGUAAAGGGGGGAACCUCACCAUACGGCACAUCCGAGCGGAGGACUCCGGCUUCUAUAACUGCACGGCCAUCAACAACGUGGGGAACCCGGCCAAGAAGACGGUCAACCUCCUAGUGAGAUCUAUGAGGAACCUCACCUAUCAGAUCACCCCUGACGUCAUCAAGGAGAGCGAGACCAUCCAGCUGGGCCAGGACCUGAAGAUCUCCUGCCACGUGGACGCCGUGCCCCAAGACAAGGUCCAGUACACCUGGUACAAGAACCAGAAGGUCAUAAAGACCUCGGACCGCAUCGUGAUCACCAAGAAUGACCUAGAACUGCCCCCGGUCACCAGCAGCCUGGAGAUCAUCGACCUUCGCUUUAGUGACUAUGGCACCUACUUGUGUGACGCCUCGUUACCCAACCUGCCCCUCACCCUGAACAGCAGCGACAUCAACAUCUCCGCAGAGACAGUCCCUCCGUCCAUCAGCGUCCCCCGGGGGCAGUUAGUCAUCACCGUAAGGGAGGGGUCCACCGCGGAGCUGCAGUGCGAGGUGCGAGGAAAGCCGCUGCCGCCGGUUUUGUGGACUCGAAUGGACAAGGAGGCCACGUUCCCCAAUGGUGAAAAGCUCAUAGAAACUCCGGACGGAAAACUGAGGCUGGAAAACGUCACCCGAGAAAUGAGCGGAGGCUAUAAGUGUCAAACGGCGAGAUAUAACGGCUUCAACAUCCGAUCCAGGGAGGCCGCAGUGCAGCUGAAUGUGCAGUUUGCACCAGUCGUGGAGCCUAAGUUCCAGGACCUCCGUUUGCCGAUGAAGCGCAGCGUCACCUUGAGGUGUAACAUGUUGAAGGGGAGUCCGGUGAAAGUGGCCACUGCGGUUUGGAGGUUUGAGCGGAGCCUGUUGAGCGUUCCCCCCAUAGAGCAGCAGGAGUUUUCUGAAUACAAGAUCAACAGCACGAGGCGGGAGACGAGCGGCACCUACGAGUGCACCAUCUCCAACGACGUGGGCUCCGACUCCUGUGUCUUUCAGGUCACUGGCAGAGCAUACAACCCCGAGUUCUACUACGACACCCUAAAACCCAUCGAGAGUUUCAAGCAGUUCAAGAAUUAUUCUUAUCUCAUUCAAUGGACGCAGAAAGAGCCCGGCGCCGUGGAUCCGGUCCUGCACUACAAGCUGGAGCUGAAGCCGCCAAACAUGAAGGGAAUGAACAGCUUUGUGGUGAAUAGCCGGGACCCCAGGAAAGGCUUCCUGUACGAGCUCCGACUGACCGACCUCAAGAUCCCCCAACACUACGAGGUGAAGAUCACACCGCACACCGUGUCCGGACCCGGCGACUCUGCCUCCCGGAGCAUCCGCUACAAAGAGCCUGUCAACUACCCGAGCCAAUCAGACAGCACCUGCAGGUUCGAGGACGACAAGCUUUGCGGAUUCGUCCAGGAUAAAUACGACUCCUUCGACUGGAUCCGUCAGAGCAAAGUAACCCAGAGCUUGAGGAGAACGGCGAACACGGGGCCGGAGAUGGACCGCAGCGGCACGCCAGAGGGUUUCUACAUGUUUAUUGAAGCCUCAAGACCUCGUCGGUUCGGAGACAAGGCGAGACUCAUCAGCCCCCUGUACAACAUAACCUCCAGGUUUCCAUCUCUAAAGACAACGUAUUGCGUGUCCUUCUGCUAUCACAUGUAUGGGAGGCAUAUAGGUGAGUGGAACCCCAUAUUUGUGCUCGCUUGUGCGAGGAAGAAAAAAAUCUUGUUUGAAAAAACCUCUGAGAAACUUGAAAUUCAAGAAAAGGGAAGCGUAUCUUCGGACGGCAAUUUGCUCAAAGAACGCAAACAUAGACAAUUUGUCAAAGAUCUUAGUGACUUCCGGGAUAAUAAAGCCUACCAGCUAGAAAAGAAAGGGGUCACCCCACCUGCGUCCGAAAUUUCCUCUUCAGACUCAGAAAACCCCCACAAGGGGGAAGGGACGGUCCCAGGAAGGAAGCAGCUACUUCCAAAAAGCAGGGGCAAGGUCAAACUCUGUACCAAUUACGAGACAGAAACAAGUGAGGCGAACACCGGAAAAUUAAGAUGGAAAAAGUUUUUUAAUAAUUCCAAUAAACAGUCCUAUGAAAAGCUGGGGAUGAAGGAGAGCGAACUAGCGGACUUAGCACUUUUUCUAUGGAACUCUGGGAGGAAGGCUCACAAAAUCCGGGUACACUACUGGAUGCUCUUCCCCAACUCUCACAGCCCCUACACCAACAUCCGAGGCAUCUGUUUGCACAAUGAACUCCACUGGGUGGGCACAUAG